GCGGGGCCCCCACCCCGAGGGCAGUUUUCCAAGAGCUGCCAGGCUCUUUAACCGGCGCCUCCCAGCUUUACGCCAAUUCCGUAAGGAGCGGGGGGCCAACCCCGCGGCUCCCUGGGCUCCAGAACCUGACGUGAAAUUGCGCGGGGCGGCACUGGCGGCGGCCAUCUUUAGUCCGGGCAAGACCCCGCCCUCGCGCCCCAGUCGCCGCUCCCACCGAGUCCCCAGGACUUUCAUUGUCAAAAGUAGCGCAGUUGAUCGUAGAGGUAGUCUCGAAAAAAAAAGAAAGAAAAAAAGAAAAACCAUACAAAAGACCCUACUGUCCACGACAACGGAAGUGCCCAGACGCGGCCAAUGUAAACAUGGCGGUUGAGGAGGCGCAGCAAAUCGGCGGCGGCGCCAGGGAGAACACGCUCCGAGUGAACGAAGCAGGGCGGCAGGCCGCGGAGUAGCUCAACCGAAGAACCUUGAGGGCUAUGUGGGCUUUGCCAACCUCCCAAAUCAAGUGUACAGAAAAUCCGUGAAAAGAGGAUUUGAAUUCACUCUUAUGGUAGUAGGUGAAUCUGGACUGGGAAAGUCGACAUUAAUCAACUCAUUAUUCCUCACAGAUUUGUAUUCUCCAGAGUAUCCAGGACCUUCUCAUAGAAUCAAAAAGACUGUACAGGUGGAGCAAUCCAAAGUUUUAAUCAAAGAAGGUGGUGUUCAGUUGCUGCUGACAAUAGUUGAUACUCCAGGAUUUGGAGAUGCAGUGGAUAAUAGUAAUUGCUGGCAGCCUGUUAUCGACUACAUUGAUAGUAAAUUUGAAGAUUACUUAAAUGCAGAAUCUCGAGUGAACAGACGUCAGAUGCCUGAUAACAGGGUGCAGUGUUGUUUAUACUUCAUUGCUCCUUCAGGACAUGGACUUAAACCAUUGGACAUUGAGUUUAUGAAACGUUUGCAUGAAAAAGUGAAUAUCAUCCCAUUAAUUGCCAAAGCAGACACACUUACACCAGAGGAAUGCCAACAGUUUAAAAAGCAGAUAAUGAAAGAAAUUCAAGAACAUAAAAUUAAAAUAUAUGAAUUUCCAGAAACAGAUGAUGAAGAAGAGAAUAAACUGGUUAAGAAGAUAAAGGACCGUUUACCUCUUGCUGUGGUAGGUAGUAAUACUAUCAUUGAAGUUAAUGGCAAAAGAGUCAGAGGAAGGCAGUAUCCUUGGGGUGUGGCUGAAGUUGAAAAUGGUGAACAUUGUGAUUUCACAAUUCUAAGAAAUAUGUUGAUAAGAACACAUAUGCAGGACUUGAAAGAUGUUACCAAUAACGUACACUAUGAGAACUACAGAAGCAGAAAGCUAGCAGCAGUGACUUACAAUGGAGUGGAUAACAACAAGAACAAAGGGCAGCUUACCAAGAGCCCUCUGGCACAGAUGGAAGAAGAAAGAAGGGAACAUGUAGCCAAAAUGAAGAAGAUGGAGAUGGAGAUGGAACAGGUGUUUGAGAUGAAGGUCAAAGAAAAAGUUCAAAAACUGAAGGACUCUGAAGCAGAGCUCCAGCGGCGCCAUGAGCAAAUGAAAAAGAAUUUAGAAGCACAGCACAAAGAAUUAGAGGAAAAACGUCGUCAGUUUGAAGAAGAAAAGGCAAACUGGGAAGCUCAACAGCGUAUUUUAGAGCAACAGAACUCUUCAAGAACCUUGGAAAAGAACAAGAAGAAAGGCAAGAUCUUUUAAACUCUAUUGACCACCAGUUAUGUAUUAGUUGCCAAUAUGCCAGCUUGGACAUCAGUGUUUGUUGGAUCCGUUUGACCAAUUUGCACCAAUUUUAUCCAUAAUGAUGGAUUUAACAGCAUGACAAAAAUUAUUUUUUGUUGUUCUCGAAGGAGAUUAAGAUGCCUUGAAUUGUCUAGGAUAUUGUGUACUUAGAAAUUAACAGCUCUAAGUACCUUUCUACAUUUUUUUUCUUUUUUUUUUAAAUUAAAAGAUGUCUUCAGUUUAAUGCAAGAAAACAUUUUACUGUUGUACAAUCAUGUUCUGGUGGUUUGAUUGUUUACAGAAUAUUCUAAAAUAAAAGGACUCUGGAAGGUUUUCAUUGAGGAUAAAUUGCCAUAAUAUGAUGCAAACUAUGCUUCUCUAUGAUAAUUAUAAUACAGAGGUUCCAUUCGAUGCAGCCUAUACAAUAAUGUAUUUAGUCUAACACAGUGGACCCUAUUUUUUGACACUUCCAUUGUUUAAAAGUACACAUGGAAAAAACAUAUAUGCUUACAGUGCACCUAGAGCUUUUUAUAACAGCCUUUUUUGUUUGUUUGUUUGUUUUGGAUUCUUUAAAUAUAUAAAUAUAUUAUUCUCAUUUAGUGCCCCUGUAGCCAGAACCUCAUUACUGCUUCAUUUUUGUAAUAACAUUUAAUUUAGAUAUUUUCCAUAUAUUGGCCCUGCUAAAAUAGAAUAUAGCAUCUUUCAUAUGGUAGGAACCAACGAGGAAACUUUCCUUUAACUCCCUUUUUACACUUUAUGGAAAGUAGCAGGAGGAGAAAUGCAUUUGUAGAUCAUUUCUAGGCAAAUUGUGAAGCUAACGACCAGCCUGUUUCUUCCUAUACUCAGUCUUGUUUUACUAGAAAUGGGAAUCAUGGCCUCUUGAAGAGAAAAAAGUCACCAUUCUGCAUUUAGCUGUAUCUAUAUAUUGCAUACCUGUAUUUUUUUGUUUGUAUUGUAAAAAAAAUUCACAUAAUAAACAAUGUUGUGAUGUAACAGAG